UCACCCGCAUUAGUUCUUUUAGCCGUUUGUUUGUUAAGCUAACCUGCAUCUUAGUGCAGGAAUUCUUCAAUAUGGUCGAUUUAAUCACUUUUAAAAAUGAAGUGGCGUUCAUCGUGAAUAACCUGGCCAAGGCGGUGGUGGCGGAGAUUUUUACCACGACGGGGAAAGUUUCUUUAAAUAAAAGAAAUCCCGAAACUGAGGAGAAACUUGGUGCUCUGGUGGACAGUUUGUGUGUUGAAGCUGUGGAGAAAAUCCUGAAGAUGGCGGAGCUGGCUGCUGUGAAGCAGGAGGAGACUCCAGGAGACCUGUGUGAUCCUCCUCAGUCUGAUGAGAGCGGUGAAGGUUUACUGAAGACACAGUCAACUGAAGGUGAGGACGGUGGAGGGGAGCACGCCCCCAAAGAACAGACCUACAUCCUGGUUUACGGGAGCGCUGCUGUCGACUCCAAGUGUCUGCUGGUCUCGCUGCAGAGUGGUGCUGAUGCCAACGGUGAAAAUAAAACCAGCUCUGCUGAGGUAACAGGUGAAGUGACGACUCUGCAGAGCAAACACUCCUCUUCCUCCUCCUCCCCUCCUCCUCAGGCCGAUUUCCCCGACCACAAGUACGCUCGACCGUCCUCACCUCCGCCCGGCGCCGCCGCAGCAGAAGAAGGCAGAGUCUCUGCAGCCCGCAGCGGGAUGCGGCGCCACAGCCGGAGGAAGAAAGACACAAACACAGCAACCGCAGAGACGUCAGAAACUCACCAACAGUGCCCACAGUGUGGGAUGUUGUUUCCAAACACGGAGCGACUCUCCGACCACCGGACCAAGUCUCACCCGGCGUGUUCGGUGUGCGGGACUCUGUUCACCGGCAUCCUGAAGCUCCGUGAACACGAGAUCAAAGAGCACGGGCUGCUGCCGUACACCUGUGACUACUGCCCGAAAAGAUUCAACCACAAAGCUCACCGCAACCUGCACGUGAAGGCCCGACACACCGGAGAGAAAACCUGCCACUGCGACAUCUGCGGGAAGGGCUACUCCUGCAUCAGCGUGCUGAAAACUCACAGGAUGACCCACUUCGACAAGACGUUCAUCUGCGACGUCUGCGGGAAGAGCUUCUACCAUGCCUGCCACCUGACGCGCCACAAGCUGGUGCACCAGGAGGUUCGGCCGUACAAGUGCUCCACCUGCGGGAAGGGCUUCACCCAGGCCACCAACCUGCGCAGCCACCAGUUGAUCCACUCCGGAGACAGGCAGCUGUGCUCCAUCUGUGGGAAGAGCUACCGCUGCCUGAAGAACCACGUCAUCAGCAAACACUCUCACGAGCUCCCCGCCGACGAGCUGCCGGCCAGAGACACCAUCAUUACCUGCGACGUCUGCGGCAAGAAGUUCCCCAACCCGUCGCAGUUUAAAGUUCACCAGAGGAGCCACACGGGAGAGAAACCGUUCCACUGCGACAUCUGCGGGAAGAGCUACCGCCUGAAGGAGCUGCUGAGGGACCACAGGUACACCCACACCGGAGAGAAGCCCUACAGGUGUUCUCUGUGCCCCAAGACCUUCAACCUGGCCACCAGCUUCAUGAGACACCGCAGCAUCCACACAGGAGAGACGCCGUACAGCUGCCACGACUGCGGAAAACACUUCCGCCUGCUCACCUUCCUGAAGGCUCACCUGCAGACCAAAGCUCACCUGAAGCAGACACAGCAGAGGCAGACCGUCUCCUCUGACCUCUGACCGAGAUACGACCGGGUUGAAAUUACACUACAUUCCCAAAAGUAUGCGGACACAUCCGAACUUUGCAGCCAUAUGUGUUAACGUGUGAGUUGCAAACCAUGGGCAUUAAUCUAACAGGGUCGUGUGACAGACCGAGACAGCUGAAGGUGUCAGUAGGAUGGUUUUCAGUAGCCUUUACACAUCCCCACAGGUGCUACAGUUUACAUGACAGAUUUCAUCAACCGCUGCGAAGCUGUGUGUCUUCAUCUUCAGUAUUGUGCUGUAUUUCCGAGUCAAACUGGUGGAAAAGGUGAAGUUUAAGACGGAUUUAAAUCAAAUCCUUCAGAUUUGAUUGGAUCGAUCUAAGUCGGUGUGGCGUAGUGAACACAGAAAGAGGAGAUGUAGAGGGCUGUGGGCCUCCACACACACCUCCAUCACCUCCUGUUAUAACGGAAUACCUAGGACCUCAACCAAACUCCUUUGUAAAUGUAAAUGAAAAUGUAAACAGCUGUGGACGACUUGCCAGCAACUACAACCCAUGAGCAAAGUCAGGUGUGGUUUUAUCUGAACCAAAGCUGACUAAAACGAGAGAUAACUGAACACUUGACACAAUGUUUACAACCUGGAAAAUGUGUUUUUUUAAUUUUUAUUUCACUGAGUCUUUAAGACGGUAAUCACUGAGGAAGAACAUAGUGUCCUUGAAAAACGAGUAGAACUCCCCACGGCUUAAAAAGAAUGACGCGAUGAAACGUGCUGAUCAACCUGGCUCGUUCCUCCAUCUCAAAGCGCCUUAUCCCUUCAUGUGAACGAUAAAAAGCAUUUCAAAUGUCAAACUUCGAUUGAGAGAGAAACAAGCUAAAGACAUCUUACAUUUUAACUUCAAGAAUAUUCAAAAAAUCAGAUUUAAGGAUCCGUCCGUAUAAGUUACUGUCCGGUAACUCACAUGUCCAAAGAAUAGAAGUUCUCAAAAUGUCACAUUGUUCCCUUAAUGUUGAGUCUGAUCACUGACUUAAAAAAGAAAGCAUCUCAUGCUGCUGAUUGAACCUGGAUGUGGAUGGAUGGAUCUGUGUGUUGUUGCUGGUUUCCGGUCGAACCGGUGCUGCUGCUGCUGUUUUCUGACCUAUGAUCUGCUUCUUCUUCAGAUUCACAUUAAUAUCUAUAACUGCUGCGCUUCAGCAGAGACUUUAAUCUGCGGCGGCAGCGGCCUGAUCGGAGAUAAUUCCCAUUUAGCUGCAGUCAGAUGAUAAUUGUAAUCCAGCAGGCCUCGGUCUCAAAGCUCAGACUGUUUUUAUCCAGCAGUGACUCUCACGCUGUUUGUUAUUUUGCAGACCACAGGUCAGAUUAAAGGAUGUAUACAACACUUGAUCCUACCUUUGUGUUUCUACAAUAGCAUUAAUCACCUUUAUGACUCUUAAUGGUCCUCUGAUGGCUGAUAGUUAAUCUGAAGAGAAAGUAGAUCUGCUCAUCUGAUCCAAACAUCCUGAGACACGUCAUUUCAUUCAUUUAUCUAUUCAAGGAUCAAUCCACCAUUUUUACAGGUCCGUCAAUUUACUCAUCAGGGUUUGUACUGAUGAGGCUGUUUUUUUUUAAGGUUUAAAGGAAUAAUUCAACAUCUUUCUCUCUGAGAGUUAACUGUUCAGACUGAUGCGUCUGACAGAACAGAAACCUUUCUGUUUUAAUCCACGCAGGCAGCGGAACAGCUCACGUUGUGCUCGAGCAGUGCGUCAAGGCCAUUUUCAGUCCGACUACAGUGAUCGUCGUAUCUGCGGUUUAACUCUCACCUCUGUUAAAGCAGGGGAGCUGCAGGUUUACGGCGGUAAAAAUCACUAAAAGCACAGAUUCCUGCAGCUCGGAUCGUUUGCUGCCUUCCAUCUGAACAUAUGCAUAUAAUGAUGUGAUGACUCUGUUUCACUGCAUAAUUAUGUUUGUGGCAUUUAGAGCCUGUGAUUAGGGAAGAUGUCUACAGCUCAAAUGAUUUCAUCAAGGUUUUCACCCGGUAUGAUCUUCCAGAGACAACAGCAUCUUAAGUGUAACUACAUGUAAAAGUCACUUCGCCCUCAGUUCACGUUUGACUCCAGACAGAGGCUCAAUCAUUAUCUGACAGACUGAUGACGUUCAGCACCUGCAGACCGGAGAUCCGUUUCAGUCACGUUGGCAGGUGAAACACCUGUCCACACGUGUCUGCAGUUUGAAUGUAAAUCUGACAGAUUAUUGAUUAUUGUUAGGGCAAAUGUUCCGUGUUAGACGGAUAGAAAAAGUUUCUGUGAUUGCGACUCGACCACAAUGACCCAGGACUCAGAUCUGCAGGUAUUAACGUCAUCAUUAAUAUCAUCAGUCAGACAAACAAAUAACAAUAGGUCCAAACUAAUCUGAUCCCAGCAGGUUCACCCGGUGCUGAAUUAAUCUACUUAAAGGGUUAAAUCUGAAAACAAACAGGUUCCAUGGAGCGAAAAUGUAAAACACACAGAUGAGACUGAUCCACAGUCAGUGUCUCUGUUUGUGUGUUUCUUUGUGGCUUUAUCUGUCUUUAUUGUUUUCGUGUGUUUUGAAGCUCAGUUUGUGUCCUGAAAUUUCAAUCUUUAUUUUUUGUCU